AUGCUCUACAUCUUGGAUAUUAAGUCCUUUAUUGGUUGCUAAAUACUUAUGAAGAGGGAAAGAGAUGACUUGGGUAUUAAAUGCUUAUUAUCUAAUGUUUUUGGUUAUGGCAACUCAUUUUCUUUAUGUCAUUAGCUUUAUUAAAAUGGGAAGAUAUAAUAAGUUUACUUAAAUCAUUUAUGUAGGCUAUAGAAUAUUAUUUAGUUUGUCUUAUAAUAUAUAGAUGAAUUUAAUAAUUCAUUUAUUUCAUGUACAUUAUCCGCAUUCUUUUUGAGAAUAGCUGAUCCUACAAUAGGCGCGACAUAUGCUACAUUAUUACUUAGCUGUUAUUUAUUUGGAACUUAGUUUUCAGGCUAGUGUUUCCUUAUUCUUUUUGCAUCUGCUUCCAUAUAAAACUGUUGUACUUUUAGGAUGGCUAUAUGGAUUAAUUUACUUUACAGUUAUCAAAUAUAAUUUAAUUAAAUUGCAAUUGUACAUAUAUUAAUUAUAUUCUUAACUAGCUUUCAUUUAAAAUCUUGGAUGCUCUUGUGA